GACUAAGUCUUGAUUGAACCACUGCGAGUGUAUGAGGACACUGCAGUUUCUAUAGUCGUCAUAGAUGCGUGGAGAGUUUACAUGCUGGACUUCAGGAUUGCUAGGUUGCAGUCGCAACUGACUGAACUAUUUUCUGAGGGUGUUGCGUUUGCGAGUAUACAUUUGAUCUUGCACACCGGUAAGAAGAGGAGCACAUAAUGAAAUAAUGAGGCUCGGCGUGGGAUCUAAAUGGGAUUUGAACCAGAAUCUUACCGGGAGUCUAGAUGCGGCAGGGUCGUUGCCUACUCAUCCUUCUCCUCUUCGUUAUCGUUAUUGUCAUCCAAUUCGUGGUGUCAGGAGACGCGGCCCCUCGAUGUGCAUUACUCCCUCAUCUGGGUUAGCCACCUCUUGAUAACAACGAGAGCAGCAGCUGAAGUGCAGUGAGCUAUCGCGGGGAAGAGGAGCAGUGGAGAGUCAUGGCAACGAUGGCGACCGCAAACCCUUCACAAUUUAGGGUCGAUUCGAUCCGGAGCUCCACGUUCUUCAAUGCUGGGCGGUGCCAGCUCUCCGCCCGUUGCACUGCUGCCGCGUCUCUCCGCAGGCCCGUGGUUCGGCCCCUUCGCGUCAAUGCAACCCAAGAAAGGAGCUAUGUGAUGGUCAAGCCAGACGGUGUACAACGCGGCCAUGUUGGCGAAAUUAUCUCGAGGUUUGAACGGAAGGGCUUUCAACUCAUUGGACUCAAGCUCUUCAAAACCCCGAAAGAACUUGCAGAGGAGCACUACGGAGAAUUGAAGGAGAAGCCAUUCUAUGGAAAGCUCGUUGACUACAUCAUCUCAGGCCCUGUUGUCUGCAUCGCUUUGGAAGGGCCUGGAGUGGUGGCGUCGGCACGGAAAUUGAUCGGCGCAACCAAUCCUUUGAACGCUGAGCCAGGCACCAUCCGUGGUGACUUAGGUAUCGAAGUAGGAAGGAAUGUUGUCCACGGAAGUGACAGCCCUGAGAAUGGUCUCCGGGAGCUUGGGCUUUGGUUCGACCAAGAUGAGCUCAUCGAGUGGGAACAACACAUGACUCCGUGGCUGAAGGAGUGAAAUUCUCUUUCAAGCUUUAGCACAGUUGCAGUCUUGCAGAAGGAGAUGGUCUUAGAGGAUCCAUCUCAUUCGCUACCGUGAAAGGCAUAGAAUCGAUUUACUUUCAGGCAAGUAAAAUUCCAAUCGGCAUCUUUGAAUGAUGAGAAAAAGAAAAAGAAACUAUUUGAGGCUUGUAUGAGUAUUGUUCGUGCACUGCAUUCAAAGAGCUUCACUUAUCAAAAUUAAAUGAUUCCAUCACUUAGUGCUCUAUCCCUAGGGAACACGAACACGAAAUGGCAA